AUGGGCAGCGGGCGCUUUAGAAGUUCUGCUGAGGGUCUUUUCAUUGCCAGGUUGGAUGCUCGUGCGGACCACGGAGGCAGCGUCUCUGCCCUGCUCCAUCGGACCAGCGAGCAUCAGCGCAACACUUUUUUCAAAUCAAUUUCUUCGCUGCCAGGAAGGCAGCGGCGCCCAGCACGGCUUCCGGAGCCUCCUGAGGAAGGCCAGAUCAGUGGCCCAAGCCAGAGUUGCAGCGAGAUCGAGGUGCAAUACGCAGGAUUCCUCCUGGAGCCACGGCCAAGGCGUUGCCAGCCAGGUCCGGGUCCUGCGGCAGGAAGCACCCGGAACGCUGGCACGUGUUUUAACAUUGCCUCGCUGGAAGGCCAAGAGAUGUUCGGGAUCACGAUCGUGGGGAGCGCAACCGAAAAGAUGGGGGACACCGUGAAGAACUGCUUGGUGCUCAUGAUUUACUUGGCCAUGGAGACUGUUGAGUGGCAGAGGUUGGUCAUGGAACAGGAGGAGGCCAUGGCACAACAGCCAGAUUCGGAAGAGCCGCCGCGCCCAAGACGAAGAUCUCUGACGCCCCUGGCUCGAAGGCGCGUGCCGCGAGAUGGGCGGGAGCUCGGACGAGAAGGCAGGCCUUGGUCCCCCAGAGCCGAGAGAGAUCGAUCAGCUGGCCGGGGACUGAGAUUUUUUUCCAAAAAAAUGGGGGGGCUGUGCAUUGGGUGUUUCGACGAAGACAACUUCGAUGGCAUGCUACUCUAG